AUGAUGUCCGCUACAAACGAAGAUGACCCAUUUCUACAAGUUCAAGCUGAUGUCCACCACCAACUAUCCCUCACGCGCCCCCUCUUCACCUCCUACCUGCGCAUCCACUCCCUAACCAAAUCUCCUCACCCCACCCCCGAGCUCAUCUCCGCCCGCUCCGACCUCACCACCUCCCUCUCCCUCCUAACAGACGACCUCGCCGAUCUCCGCGAUUCCAUCUCCGCCAUUCAAGCCGACCCCUACAAAUAUGGUUUACAAAUCGAAGAGGUGAGUCGGCGGGUACGGAUGAUUGAGGAGAUUGGAGGAGAAGUCGAUGAUAUGCGCGAGGAGCUCGAGAAAACCAUGGGAAACAUGGGUCCUUCAGGAGGCUCCUACCAAGAUGAAAACGAGCAUGGGUCACCAUUAGACGAUGACUACGCCGCGGAAUUCGAACACCAGCAACAACUCCAAAUGCUAAAACAACAAGACGAGCAAUUGGACAGCGUAUACCACACCGUCGGCAACCUACGCCAACAAGCCAAUGACAUGGGCCGUGAACUCGAAGAACAAACAGGCAUGCUAGAGGAUGUGGAGACGGUGACGGAUCGCGUAAGCGGACGGUUACAAGGGGGCAUGAAGAGGAUGAACAGGUUGGUCAAGGCGAAUGAGGAUGGGUUGAGUAGUUGUUGUAUUGGGAUUUUGAUCUUUGUCUUGAUUUUAUUAUUGGUGCUCGUAUUGGUUCUGUGA